UGUUCAUGCUACUGAAGCUAGUAACAUUUCUAGCACGCGUCUACAUGUAGAGCUGAGCUGGAUCAAGGCUAAACACCUCUGUAUGUAGCAGCACAAUCAAGGAACCCACUCAGAAGAGUGAGGCGUGGGAUGGGCAUAGAAACACUUCAGAUAUCAUUAACUUGUCAUAAAAUGGGGGGACAGCGCUGUGGUUUAAGAAACAAGUAAACAGCGUGAAACAGAAACUACCCACAAUUACUACAAGCACAGUCGGAUUUCUGUGGUGCAAAUAGAUAAUAACGCACGAGGAUUUAAAUACUUGUUUGCAUUUUGGAGAGAUGUCACGGAAAAGAUGAUCUGAUGCAGGGGGGAGUGACAGCGCACAUCGCCGAAGCAGAAAGGAAGAGGGAAAAAAAAGGGUUUGAUGAAUGAAUAAUUGAAGGGAACUGGUGGCCGCGCGAUGCUUCUAUAGUCCGGGGCAACGUUGUGAAUAGCGAGGCAGCAGCGGCUGAUUCAAGUGGGCAUGAGGCACCGAGAGCUACUAACCGUCACUCAUGUUGUCCGACACCAGUGGGCUACCGUUCCAUUCCAAGUGAGAAGGGGGUGGUCACAUCCUAAGGGUAUCUAUGUGUGAUCACGCUGGGAUUGCUGACACUGGGGAAAUGAGGGACUGUGUCAGUUAUUGAUUACACCUGGAAGGUCGAUACAAUCACUCAGUGUAAACAAGAAAAAGGGGUGUGUGAGGCUGCAUGGCAAUCUGCUAAAUGCUCGACUGUGCCUCCAAACUGCAACUUACCCAAAAAGCAAAUGUUUUUAUUUUUUAGCGUGACAUUGUACAGAGGACGUUGGUAAUUAAGUAUGUUUUGGGGAGUAGAUUGCUAAAUCCAUAGUGUUUACCUCACUUCCUCACGCCCCCAUGUAAAUGGCUUCGUUCCCGGAGUCCGAUUUCCAGCUGUGCCCGCUUUGCAAGGAGAUGUGCGUGUCCUCUGCCCCCAUCUCCUCCUCCAGUUCGUCGUCUUCGUCCUCCCAGACGUCCAGCAGUAGCAGUAGUAGCCUGGGCACGGCCCCCCGCAGGCUGCAUGUGUUGCCGUGUCUGCAUGCCUUCUGCAGGCAGUGCCUAGAGGGGCAGCGGUGUCCCGGGGACUCUCUGCAGCUACGUUGCCCGGUGUGUGACCACAAGGUGCUGAUCUCCGAGGCCGGGAUGGAUGCUCUGCCCUCUUCUACUUUCCUGCACCUCAGUAACCUUCUGGAUGCCGUGGUCGGAGCCACCGAAGACCAGCAGAGUAACGGGAGCAGGAGUGGUGGUGUACGGCAACACCGCUCCCGCUCCUCUUCGUGUUCGUCCUCCAGCCUCCUCCGUAGGGCGCCUCCUAGUCAGCCAGAGCCGCGCUGUUCCUCCUGCGAUGAGGGCAACGGGGCGAGCUCGCACUGCCUGGACUGCCAGGAAAACCUGUGCGACAACUGCCUGCGCGCCCACCAGCGGGUGCGACUCACCAAGGACCACUUUAUCGAGCGCUUUACCCCCUGCAGCAGGGCGCCCGGCAGCAUCAGCGGAACCGCCUCCCCCUGCAGCUCGGCGGUGGCCAGUGCCUCCACCACAUCGUCUACCUCAUCCUCCUCCAGCACUCUGUGCUCGGCACCGCUGUCUUACCAGAGCAACGUCUUCUCUAUCCUGCCAGUGUAUUCGGAGAGGCUCGCUUACUGCAAACAGCACGACGAGGAGGUUCUGCAUUUCUACUGUGACUCAUGCUCUGUCCCUAUAUGUCGGGAGUGCACCGUAGGGCGUCAUGCCGGCCACAGCUUUGUCUACCUCCAGGAUGCCCUACAAGACUCUAGGGCUCUUACUAUCCAGCUUCUGGCUGACGCACAGCAAGGACGGCAGGCUAUUCAGCUGAGCCUAGAGCAGGCCCAAGCAUUGGCAGAGCAAGUUGAGAUGAAAGCCAAAGUGGUGCAAUCUGAGAUCAAAGCGGUCACCUCAAGACACAAGAAAGCACUUGAGGAGAGGGAAUGUGAGCUCCUCUGGAAGGUUGAAAAAAUUCGUCAGGUGAAAACAAAAUCACUCUACCUCCAAGUUGAGAAACUCCACCAGGCUCUUAACAAGUUAGACAGCACAAUAAAUGCUGUGCAACAGGUCUUGGAAGAUGGCUGUACAAUGGAUAUACUUAUUGCUCGAGACAGAGUCUUGGCUCAACUUCAAGAUGUGAAGAAUGCAAGAGGUCUUCUGCAGCUUCAAGAAGAUGACCGGAUCAUGUUUACUCCCCCAGACCAGGCCUUGUUCCUUGCCAUCAAGUCCAUGGGCCUUGUGAGUAGUGGGGCUUUUGCUGCUCUGACCAAAGCUACCGGAGAAGGCUUGAAACGUGCUCUGCAGGGUAAAGUUGCCUCUUUUACGGUUAUUGGAUAUGAUCAUGAUGGUGAAGCAAGACUCUCUGGUGGUGACCUUAUAACAGUCUUGGUAAUGGGCCCAGAUGGAAAUCUGUUUGGUGCGGAAGUUAGUGAUCAGAUGAAUGGUACCUAUUUGGUGAGCUACCGUCCCCAGUUGGAAGGAGAACAUCUUAUCUCAGUAAUGGUGUGCAACCAGCAUAUAGAGAACAGCCCUUUUAAAGUCAAUGUCAAAUCUGGCCGCUGCUAUGUUGGUAUUGGGCUCCCUACCCUUUCUUUUGGUGGUGAGGGUGACCAUGAUGGAAAACUCUGUCGUCCUUGGGGAGUCUGUGUAGACCGGGAGGGCUACAUCAUUGUGGCAGAUAGGAGUAACAAUCGUGUCCAAAUCUUUAAGCCAUGUGGAACCUUCCAUCACAAGUUUGGCACCCUUGGGUCUAGGCCUGGCCAAUUUGAUCGCCCUGCUGGAGUAGCCUGUGAUAAUUCUCGUAGGAUUGUGGUUGCAGAUAAAGACAACCACCGUGUGCAAAUAUUCACUUUUGAAGGUCAGUUUAUAAUGAAGUUUGGGGAGAAGGGGACAAAGAAUGGCCAGUUUAAUUAUCCUUGGGACGUUGCUAUUAAUUCUGAGGGAAAGAUUCUUGUCUCAGACACUCGGAACCAUCGUGUUCAGCUUUUCAGUCAAGAUGGGACAUUUCUGAACAAGUAUGGCUUUGAAGGUGCACUUUGGAAGCACUUUGACUCCCCGAGGGGUGUGGCAUUCAGUCAAGAUGGCUACCUAGUUGUAACUGACUUUAACAACCAUCGCCUGCUUAUCAUCAAACCAGACUGCCAGUCAGCACAUUUCUUGGGCACAGAGGGUACAGGCAGUGGUCAAUUUCUUAGGCCACAGGGUGUGGCAGUUGAUCAGGAAGGUCGCAUCAUAGUGGCUGACUCCAGAAACCACAGAGUACAGAUAUUUGAACCCAAUGGCAGCUUCCUGUGCAAGUUUGGCACACAAGGAAGUGGCUUUGGCCAAAUGGAUCGGCCAUCUGGUAUAGCAGUCACACCAGAUGGCACAAUUGUUGUGGUGGAUUUCGGUAAUAACCGAAUUUCAGCCUUCUAAUCCAUGUAAAACAAAACAUGUCUCAGGGAAUCAUUUCCAGAAGUAUAUAAAUAUACAACAACACUGAGCACCUACCUCAUUUUUUUUUCUAACAAAAUUAUUGUUAUUUACAAAACAAAAAAUAAGAGCCUGUGAAAAAGUAGAACCAACGUUGGGAAAUAAUCUACCUCAAAACCUCUUGGACAUAGGGGUGUUUAUCCUGUUUUAUUUACUGUACCUGCACAAUAUAUUGAUUUACCUCAUACAUACUCGACUUGGAGAAUCAACUCAACACAUAAUGGGAUUAGAGAAAGUAUACAAAUCCAAGAAGCCAAAAAGGGCUAUAAAACGUUAAAAAAAAAAGAAAAAAUGAAACGGGAUAACUUGGAAUAGACUUUGUUUAAAAUGUUUGUGUCCUCUUUAACCAAAUUGGCUGUUUUCUUCUAAACUAGUGCUGCUGCAAAAGAGGGCGCCUUGUAUAUUACUAAUACCUCAACGUGUUUUGAAACAGAAAUACCUCAGAAUACAUAUUUUAUCAAAGUGGGUUUUUUUCUACUAGAAGUUCACAUAUCUCCAUUGCUGAAAUCACAAUGUAAUACUUUUUCUAAUGUUUAUUUGCUGUUUAAGCACAAUGUGUGUUGCAAAUGUUAAUGCUCAUCCAUUUUUUCUGCUGCCUUAGUUUUUCAAAUUACAUCCAAUAUGAGACAAGUGAUGUUAGCGUCAGAGGAUUUAAAAAAAAAAUUUUUUUUUAAAUAACUUCUAGAAUAUACUGUAGGGGGUGACAAGUUCUGUGAACGACAUAAUUUGAAGGCAUUUCAGUCAUGAUACGAUAACAAAAACCUAAAAUCUGAUUUAAUGAUAAUUUUGCAACUAAAUUUGUAUACAACCUUGUAAUGCAGAUCUGCUCAGGCAGCACUAACACGUGACCACUUAAAAGAAUAUUUCUCAAGAUUUUUUUUUUUUUUUAAUAAAGAAAAUCACAUUUCUAAUGUGUUAAAAAAACAAACCACACAGUUUUAGAUUGUCAACAAAUUAGUCUUCAGCUUAUCUUUAUCAAUCUGGGUGAUCAGUUUUUAUGCUUAACACUGUAGCCCAUAUACUAAUUUUUGUUAUUUUAUUGCUAUUCUGUCCACAAAGUACAGAAAUAGUAUCUAUUCUUUUGGCCAGAAGGAUUCAACAUUAUUAAUCUAAUUUGUUUACCCAAUGUUCUAUUUGUUUUGCGCUAAAAUGUUUCUCUAUCAUAUUGUCUCCAACCAAAGAUACAUAAUAAUGAUAUGAAACAAAAAUCUCAUGCAGAAUUAUUUUGUCAGUGUUUAUUAUAUGGAAAAAAUAACUUCUUAAAAUCAAAUAUUGGGUACUUUUUAAUUGUCAUUUUAGCCACUAUCUGCUAAAAAAUGAAUAUCCAUUUGUUAUGGCUUCACUAUUUGUACCGUAAUCGGUCAGCUUAACUAAAUACUUAUUGACCUGUGAUAUUUGCUUGUUGUGUUCUCUGCACCCUGCCAGUGCAACAUACAGUUCAUAUGCCGACUUGUCUCUUGAAUGUCGCCUGGUUAAUAGAACCCUCUAAUUACAUUUAAGCACAUAGUAUCUCAGUAUAAAUUGUUUUAGUUUUAAGAUUCACAGUUUACUUAAACAAGUAUUUCUAGCUGAUUUACCAAAAAGCUUAUCAAAGUAUAACAGUGCAAUCCCACUUCAUAUACACAUUUGUACAUACCCUUUUUCUUUUGAAUUUGUUAUAUUUUCCAAGUAGCUCUCAUUUGUCUAUCAAUCACAAUUUCUUUUCAAAAUGAUUGAAGUUUGUUUUUUCCCUAAUAAAUGUUUGGAGAAAACCACACACUUUUUUCCAAUAACAAUCUUAUCAUUAACUUAAAUGUAAUUUUCUUACUAUUAGAUAUUCACUAUCCAAUAAGGUUAUGUUGUGUCUAAUAUACAAAUUUGAAAUCGGGAAUUAUGUGUUUUAAGAUUUUUACAUUUAUUUAUUUUUAAAGAUUUCAUGUAUUUGGUGAAUGUUUGUAAGCCAAAGUAUAUGUAAAAGACAUUGAAAAUAAUUUUUUUAAACCAAAUAAUUUAUUUUCUUUAAUAAUUUACAACCUUCCCCAGGCAAUGACGCUUUUGUGAACAAAAGUUUUUGUUUUGUUUGGGUUUUUUUUAUUCACUUUUCAAUUGACCAAUUGCAGCUACUAAAUAAGGAUAUUUUCACAUACUGGUUUCUUGUACCAGCAUAUGUUAAGUGGGAUUGCACCGUUAGUUGCCAAACUUGCUAGACGAUCACAAGAGACACAAAAUCUGUUCAUGUAGGACAAAGAAUGUAUGUGUUUUGUCUAUGAAUAUCUAAUAUUUUACUAUCUAAUAGAUAUAUUUUUCCCCUCCUUUUUAUAUCUGUUCUUUUUUACUAAAAGUACUUCUAAUUUUAAGAUUACUGGUUAAAAAAAAAAGAUACCAAAGAUGACCUUUUUUGGUUUUGUUUCUUAUGGCUAAAACAUGAAUACCCUUUAAUUAUUGAAAUGGUCUUUUACAGAAUGCCAGUCAGGGUACUUCAGCAUCAAAAUCUUUCUGGAUUAGUGUAUUAGUGACCUGCAAAAGUUUAGUCUGAAUAUUCCCCUCCCCCCUGUUUGUUUAUUGCAGUAAAUUGAGUUGUGUGUAUAUUGCUUUUUAAUGUCGCCCCCCCCCCCCAAAAAAAAAAUGUUGGGGAAGUCUAUUAUGACCUAUUAAACUCUCUUAUAAUACCAUAAAUCAUUUAAUACUGAAAUCUAAUUUCAAAUUCUUAUUAAUGGCUCUUUGAUAGACACCACAUUUACCCUGACAUCCUAAGGGUUUAAAUAUUGUAAAGAACCCUGACCAUCUUGUGAAAUAAUACAUUUUCUUCCCAGUUAA